UGCUGGAGUGACCCGUGUCGCUGCAGUGUUGCGUUUUCCUGUUUACGGGCGGGAAGAGCGAACAUAGCUGACUGGAAGCUACUGUGUUUAAAUCUGCAGCACAUUUCUUUUAAUUUUCCUCAUGGUUUGUGGGUUUUAAUUGUACGCGGGCCAUUGUGAGAUCCGGUGGAUAGGUUUGGAGUGGACCGUUGCUGAAAACUAAAGUGUUUUAUAGAGUGUGGGGCAGAUGGAGGAUCCUGCAGAUUCUGGCGGUGGAGGCGGAGGUGCAGCAUCGGAGGGCCCCGCGAUGCAGGUGGCAGAUAUCUGCUGGCCGACCGGGGCUCUCCCUCUACGGCUUCUAGAGUGGAAAGUCAAACCUGGGUCUCUUGUUAACUUGGACUCCGUGCUAGCACUGUGCGCUCCCAUAUCUCAAGAGAAAGGGGCAGAGGUUGCCAGGCUACCAGAGAAAAAGGUGAAAUCGGACCGUGCUGGAGUAGUCAAGGAGCUUUGCUGUCAACUUGGACAAGUUAUACCACCCGGAGGCGUCAUUGUCCGAGUAGAAGAAUGCAGCCAUCCCGUAGUAAUGAAGGGUUUAUGUGCUGAAUGUGGCCAGGACCUGACUCAGCUGCAGAGCACGAAUGGGAACCAGCAAACUCCUAUCUCCACAGCAACCGUCUCCAUGGUGCACAGUGUCCCUGAACUGAUGGUCAGCUCCGAGCAAGCCGAACAACUAGGCAGAGAAGACCAGCAGAGACUCCACCGGAACAGAAAGCUGGUCCUGAUGGUGGACCUGGACCAAACGCUGAUCCACACCACUGAACAGCACUGCCAGCGUAUGUCCAAUAAGGGCAUUUUCCACUUCCAGCUUGGGCGAGGAGAGCCUAUGCUCCACACACGACUGCGCCCACACUGCAAGGCUUUCCUGGAGAAAAUCGCCAAACUCUAUGAGUUGCAUGUCUUCACCUUCGGGAGCCGCCUUUACGCGCACACCAUCGCUGGCUUUCUGGAUCCUGAAAAGAAGCUUUUCUCUCACCGGAUCCUUUCCAGAGAUGAAUGCAUCGACCCUUUCUCCAAGACGGGGAAUCUUAGGAAUCUUUUCCCCUGUGGUGACUCCAUGGUCUCCAUUAUCGACGACCGAGAGGAUGUGUGGAAGUUUGCACCCAAUCUCAUCACUGUGAAGAAAUACAUCUACUUCCAGGGCACAGGGGACAUCAACGCGCCCCCUGGAUCACGGGAAGCUCAGAUGGCAAAGAAAGCAGGAGGCCCGUCCAGUCGGCCGGCAGAGAGCACCGAACCAGGAGGAACACUCGGCGCCGAUGAGCAAAAUAACGGCCUCAGUAAAAGGCCCAAAGACCAGAACCCUUCUGGAAUUGAAGAGACCACAACAUCUCAGUCGUCUCAGGAAGUACCGACAAAUGAACGGACACAUCCCGCAGGGGUUGUGGAGGAUGAAUCGGGACGAGGCGAAGGAAAGUCCGAAGCUCAGGUGGGAGACAGAACAAAUGCUAAGGAAGAUGAUAGCAGCAGGACACUGGUGACAAAUGAGGCGCAGGACAGUUGCAACUCAUCGGCGCCGAGCCAUGGGUCCAAUAACUUGGACUUUGACCUUUCCAGUGACAGUGACAAUGACUCCAUCACAGAAAAGCCCCCCUCAUCCGUAAGUGAUAGCGAGGCCAAGUCUUGCCAGGCAAAGAAGUCCGGUCAGGAAGGAGUCACGCAAGAGGCAGGGGACGGGGCAGGGGAAGGGGACGUUAAAGGCGGGAGUGAAGCAGAAACCAGUUUGGACCCAGCGGAACCUUCAGGAGUUCUUCUCCCAGACCCCGAGCUGGGAAAUGGCUGUUCAGAUAGGAGAGAGCCAGAAACCGAGUCUCAGAACAGUGAACAGUCCGGGGUGACCAUGGGCGAGGAGCUGCUGGACCAGAGCAUGGAGGACGAGGAGGACGAGGAGGAGGAAGAAGAAGCCGAUAUUGACCAGGACGAUCACCUGAUCUACCUGGAGGAAGUGCUGGAAAGGAUCCACGCCGAGUACUACGCACGAUACGCGGCCUAUCUGAGGAAGGAGACCUCGGAAACACCGGACAUUCGCAAGAUCGCCCCGGAGCUGAAAAGCAAGACACUGGAGGGCACGACGAUAGUGUUCAGUGGCCUGUACCCGACCAACUACCCCAUGGAGAGAACCCGUGAGUUCUACCAUGCCAAAGCACUUGGGGCCAAGAUUAGCAAGAAUCUGGUUCUUAGCUCCCAAGAUCCCAGUCGGACAACGCAUCUCAUCGCAGCUAGAACUGGCACCGAGAAGGUUCGUCAGGCCCAAGGCUGCAAGCACCUCUAUGUUGUCAACCCAGACUGGCUGUGGAGCUGUCUGGAGCGCUGGGAGAGGGUGGAGGAGCAGCUGUACCCCCUAAAGGAGGACUAUUCCAAGACGCCAAGGAGUAACAGUCCAGCAGCACUACCUGACAUUCAGGAUUCCCUGCAGAAGCAUAUUUUCCAACCAGCUCCCAUCCAGCCCAGACCUCAACCUGCAGCCCCGGAAGUUCGGACCUACGACCCCGUCACAGGGAAGCUGAUCCGCAGGGGCCCUCAGGCACCUCGGCCCCCACCUUACCUCCAGGCGUCCGGAUCUAUAAUGCUCUCUGAUCACAGAGAGCAGUCUUGUCUCAGGGGAUCUUCACAGAGUCAGCCAGACGACGCAGCGGGGUCCAGCCAAGACGACGAGCAGCCGGGGCCGUCUCGUCGGAAGCGGCAGCCGAGCAUGUCCGAGAGUAUGCCUCUGUACAUGCUCUGCAAGGAGGAUCUGGACAGCAUGGACAGAGAGGUGGAUGACAUGUUAGGCGAGGAGAGCGACAACGAAAGUGAGGGCCGGGGCAAGGAGAAGCCAGGCAAUGAGGAGGCGGAGGACGAAGAGGAGGAGCGGCAGCAGCGGCAGCAGCAGCAGGGAGAUGGACAGAUAGCAGAAGGACGGCUCGGUCCUCAGGCCGUGAGCUCGGAAGAGACCAUCCAGACCCCAUCCAGGGAGGCCAGUGUGCCGGCUAGUGUGCCAAGAGGCCACAAACGUAAGCACGAUGCCGCUAAGGAGGAGGCGGAGGAAUCUGCCGACGAGUCCUCUAAAGACUCCAACGAGGAAGAAGGAGGAAGCAGCUCAGAGGCGGACGAGAUGGCCGCUGCCUUGGAGUUGGAGCUCAAUGACUUUAUGUGACGUGGGAAACGAAGGGACUCAGUCACAGGGAAAGGACAACGAAAA